UUAUCCGUCACACUUAUCAAUUAGCGCGUUUAUGACACUCCCCUGCCCCCAAAAAACGCCUAGAUGUUCGGCUCGUGAACAUAUUUAUUUUCUCUCGCCACACGGAAAACUUCCACAGGCUUUAGUCUGUAGAUUCGCGUUGGGGCGGUCUGUACGCAUUUUGGCGGAGAAGUAAGCAAGGUCAAUCAAGGUCUUUCUUUUGGCUAGCGUUUAAUCCAGUUCUAAGUGUGUGCGCGGGUGGUGAAAGGAGAAAGUAAGAGAAAUGGCUCAGAUGCGACUAUUUGUGCAGGGAAUUCGGAGGGUACUGCCCAAUGUGGGCGUAGCCACACCUCAAGAGACCGAAACGACCCAGAAAAGAUUUCAGCACAGCUCGUCGAACUGCAGAGAUUAUGAUCUAGUUGUCGUUGGAGGUGGGAUUGUGGGAGCUGCUUCAGCGCGAGAGAUUCUUCUGCGUCAUCCAACCCUGAAAGUGGCAAUCUUGGAAAAGGAGAAUCAGCUAGCAAAGCACCAGAGUGGUCACAACUCCGGAGUGAUCCAUGCUGGUAUCUAUUAUAAACCUGGAACCCUGAAAGCCCGCCUUUGUGUGGAGGGUAUGCAUUUGGUCUAUGCUUAUUUGGAUGAAAAAAAAAUUCCGUACAAGAAGUGCGGCAAACUGAUUGUGGCUACGGAUGAGAAAGAGGUAAAAUUGCUGGGAGAUCUUGAGAAGCGUGCCAUUGCCAACAAUGUUCCGGACCUGAGAAUGAUCGAAGGCUCUGAAAUCCAGGAGAUUGAACCUCAUUGCAAGGGUCUUAAAGCUCUCCACAGUCCACACACGGGAAUUGUUGACUUUGGAUUAGUAACCGAGCAUUAUGGCCAGGAUUUCAAACAAUGUGGUGGUCACAUCUACCUCGGUUUCAAUGUUAACAAGUUCACCGAGACUAAGGAGGGAGCCGAUUAUCCAGUGACUAUCCAUGGUGCGGUACCUGGUCAAACGGUUCGUACUAAGAACGUUCUGACCUGCGGUGGUUUGCAAUCCGAUUUGCUAGCGGAGAAGACAGGUUGCCCAAGGGAUCCUCGAAUUGUACCUUUCCGCGGAGAGUACUUGCUGCUGUCUAAGGAAAAACAACAUAUGGUCAAUGGAAAUAUUUAUCCAGUGCCAGAUCCCCGGUUCCCCUUUUUGGGAGUACACUUCACCCCUCGGAUGGACGGAUCCAUCUGGCUGGGUCCAAAUGCCGUCCUAGCUCUUAAAAGAGAAGGAUACACCUGGGGCGACAUUAAUCUUUUCGAGCUGUUUGAUGCCCUGCGUUAUCCAGGCUUUGCGAAGAUGGCCAGCAAGUACCUUGGCUUCGGUUUGAGCGAAAUGUCCAAGUCGUGGUUUAUUAACCUGCAAAUUAAGGCGUUGCAAAAGUAUAUUCCAGACAUCACGGAAUAUGACAUUCAACGCGGUCCCGCCGGAGUACGUGCUCAGGCUAUGGACUUGCAGGGAAACUUGGUAGACGAUUUUGUGUUUGAUCGCGGUGAAGGAUCGGGACCGCUGGCCAAGCGUGUUCUUCAUUGUAGAAACGCCCCAUCGCCGGGUGCCACUAGCAGUCUGGCCAUCGGAAAAAUGAUCGCUGACAAGAUCGAGAAUGAAUUCUCCAUCGGCAAGUGAUAGUUAGUAUCCUACCGAAAACCUAAGCAAUAGUCCAAAGCUUCAUCCACCAUCAACGGCCUCGUAUCCAAAUUUAUUUCCAACUUCUGCUUUUAUGGUGUCAGUUAUACUGAACUGUGUAUGUCUCGCAUUUCGUGUAAAUUUUAAAGUAAAUAUCUCUAAAUUGUAUAAAGUAAAUAAAAAAUUGUAUAUUUUA